UUGGAAUUUUGGGAGCCAACAAGUUCCGAAUCGCGUUUACUUAUAUUUUAAAGAGACAAUUGAUGAUGUUAGAAAUUCGUAGAGAGAAGAAAAGUGACUCUUCUUUCUUCAUAAGCACUACGCACAAACUUGCAGCAAGUCUACGGUAAAAAAAAGUGAUCUGUUGGAAGCUUCUUUUUACUUCAGAUUUGUUGCAAAAUUGCAGUUCAAGAGACCCUUCUUCAAAUUAAGCAGAAGCCGUUUCUGAUUAUCGGUCAGAGGCUGGAUGCUCAUACAUUUAAAAAGGGCAAUGUAUGAAGUUAUGACUGGAAGCAGAUUCUGACUUGAUCUAGAUCAGUUGCUAUGGCAUUAAUGGAGAUGGACCUGCUUAUUGCAGUUAUAUCACUGGCGUCUUUGUAUUCUUUCGUCUCACCUGAUGCCCAAGGAGAUGCAUUGUAUGCUUUGAAGGUUUCACUAAAUGCUUUUCAGCUCACAGAUUGGAAUCCGAAUCUAGUCAAUCCGUGCACUUGGCCCAAAGUUAUCUGUGACAGUAAUAGCAAAGUUACCACCUUGUCACUGACUAAUAUGGGAUUUUCAGGAACCUUGUCACCAAGAUUAGGGAUUUUGACGACCUUACAGUCACUAUCAUUGCAAGGAAAUGGUAUAAAUGGUAAGAUACCUGAGGAGUUCGGAAAUUUGACAAAUUUGACGAUGUUGAAUCUGGAAAAUAACCAUUUGACUGGAGAAAUACCAAAUUCCCUUGGCAACCUGAAGAAUCUCACUUACUUGAUUAUAAGUCAAAACAAUCUCACGGGAUCAAUUCCUGAAUCACUGUCAAAUCUUUCAAAUUUGGUUAGCAUUCAGCUUGCUUCGAAUGAUCUUAGUGGCCAAAUACCUGAUGAAUUAGUUCAGGUUUCCAGAUACAAUUUUUCAGGGAACCACUUGAACUGUGGCAUCAAUUCUGCCCACCGCUGUGAAUCUGAUGUUAUAGGUAAAUCACAUAAAUCAAAGACUGGCGUGAUUGCUGGGGUUGUUGGUGCACUCAUAGCCAUUCUUAUUCUUGGGGGCUUUUUCCUGUUCUGCAUGUGGAAGAGUAGGCAUGGAGGCUACGGGCGUGAAGUUUUUGUAGACGUUGCAGGUGAAGUUGACCAGAGAAUUGAAUUUGGGCAAUUGAAAAGAUUUGCAUGGAGAGAGUUGCAGCUCGCUACAGACUACUUCAACGAAAAGAAUGUUCUUGGACAGGGAGGUUUUGGGAAGGUUUAUAAAGGAAUGCUUGGAGAUAACACGAAAAUUGCUGUUAAACGUUUGACCGAUUUUGAGAGUCCUGGUGGAGAUACAGCAUUCCAGCGUGAAGUUGAGAUGAUAAGCGUGGCUGUUCACAAAAAUCUUUUACGAUUGAUUGGAUUUUGCACUACGCCGACAGAACGCCUUCUGGUUUAUCCCUUUAUGCAAAAUUUAAGUGUUGCCUCUCGUCUACGAGAGCUCAAACCUGGGGAGCCUGUUCUCGAUUGGUCUACUAGAAAACAUGUGGCAUUGGGCACAGCACGUGGAUUAGAGUACCUUCAUGAGCAUUGUAAUCCUAAAAUUAUUCAUCGGGAUGUCAAAGCUGCUAAUGUCUUGCUGGAUGAAGAUUUUGACGCAGUCGUUGGAGAUUUUGGCUUGGCAAAGUUAGUUGACGUGAGGAGGACUAACGUUACAACUCAAGUUCGUGGUACAAUGGGUCACAUUGCUCCUGAAUACUUGUCGACCGGAAAAUCAUCAGAAAAGACGGACGUUUUUGGCUAUGGGAUCAUGCUUUUAGAGCUUGUAACAGGACAGCGGGCUAUAGACUUUUCGCGCUUGGAAGAAGAAGAUGAUGUUUUGCUGCUUGACCAUGUUAAGAAACUGCAAAGGGAGACAAGUCUGGAUUCUAUCAUAGAUCGCAACCUAAAUGGAAACUACGUCAUCCAAGAAGUCGAGAUGAUGAUUCAGGUUGCAUUGCUUUGUACUCAAUCAUCACCAGAAGAUCGCCCAGCAAUGUCAGAAGUCGUCCGGAUGCUUGAAGGAGAAGGGCUUGCAGAGAGGUGGGAAGAGUGGCAACACACGGAAGUGACACAGAGGCAUGAGUACGAGAGAUUGCAGAGAAGAUUCGAAUGGGGAGACAAUUCAAUUCACGAUCAAAGUGCUAUUGAGUUGUCUGGAGGACGAUAAGGUAACAGAUAGAAACCAAACAAAUUUAUCGAUUUUCCAGUACUAGGUUGCCUGAUCAACGAAGCAUGAUUUGUCCCAUAAGUGUUUUUGCCUUUUUCUUUUCCUCGGUCAACGUUGUAAUAGUCAUUCCUUUUUCCUCGUGUGCAUAUACGAUAAUAGAACAUCUUGCAAUGUACAAUUUUGUAAUCGGUGAUAUUUCCUUGUGCAUUUGAUGUAAUGUAACUUGAAGUACAAUAUUCUUGACCUGAGAAUUGUAAUGAUGAAUCAUAGCUUGUUUCAAUAUUAA